GAAGUUGGUGAACCAUCUAAAGAAGAAAAGGCUGUAGCCAAGUAUCUUCGAUUUAACUGUCCAACGAAGUCCACCAAUAUGAUGGGCCACCGGGUUGAUUAUUUUAUCGCUUCAAAAGCAGUGGAUUGCCUUUUGGAUUCAAAAUGGGCAAAGGCCAAGAAAGGAGAAGAAGCUUUGUUUACAACCAGGGAGUCUGUGGUUGACUACUGCAACAGGCUUUUAAAGAAGCAGUUUUUCCACCGGGCACUAAAAGUAAUGAAAAUGAAGUAUGAUAAAGACUUAAAGAAAGAAAAAGAUAAAGGAAAAUCCGAAAGUGGAAAAGAAGAAGAUAAAAAGAGCAAGAAAGAAAAUAUAAAGGAUGAAAAAAUGAAAAAGGAGAAAGAGAAAAAAAAAGAUGGGGAAAAGGAAGAAUCCAAAAAGGAAGAAACUCCAGGAACUCCCAAAAAGAAAGAAACUAAGAAAAAAUUCAAACUUGAGCCACACGAUGAUCAAGUUUUUCUGGAUGGAAAUGAGGUAUAUGUGUGGAUCUAUGACCCAGUUCACUUUAAAACAUUUGUCAUGGGAUUAAUUCUUGUGAUUGCAGUAAUUGCAGCUACCCUCUUCCCACUCUGGCCGGCAGAGAUGAGAGUAGGUGUUUAUUACCUCAGUGUGGGCGCAGGCUGCUUUGUGGCCAGCAUUCUUCUCCUUGCAGUUGCCCGUUGCAUUCUGUUUCUCAUCAUUUGGCUCAUAACUGGAGGAAGGCACCACUUUUGGUUCUUGCCAAAUCUGACUGCUGACGUGGGCUUCAUUGACUCCUUCAGGCCUCUGUACACACACGAAUACAAAGGACCAAAAGCAGACCUAAAGAAAGAUGAGAAGUCUGAAACCAAAAAGCAGCAGAAGUCUGACAGUGAGGAAAAGUCAGACAGUGAGAAAAAGGAAGAGGAGGAGGGAAAAGUAGGACCAGGAAACCAUGGAGCAGAAGGCUCGGGAGGAGAACGGCAUUCAGACACAGACAGUGACAGGAGGGAAGAUGACCGAUCCCAGCACAGUAGUGGGAAUGGGAAUGAUUUUGAAAUGAUCACAAAAGAGGAACUGGAACAGCAAACAGAUGGAGAUUGUGAAGAGGAGGAGGAAGAAGACAAUGAUGGAGAAACACCUAAAUGUUCACACGAAAAAUCAUAAUCUGCCUAAUUUCGAGACUGAAUAAGUGCAAGAGGUUGGAUUUUCUAUGUUGGCUGAUCAUAACGUGCACCCGGCAUUGUAGCAGUCUUUAAAUUCAUUCACUGCAAUGUGUUUGAUAUCCAAGCAGUGCUGUUCAGUUCUUCAGUUUAUAGAGUAUUGGUACUCCUAAUGUUGCAGUCUAAAGCCAUGAAGUUUUCUCUGAUAGUUUUACAGUAAAUACAUCUCAUUCAUUUUGACAGUUAUCAAAAAUGCACUUUCCACAAUGACAUGAGUGCUGUUUUUGAUAGUUGUAAGGCUUUUUACUAUUAGACUAAUCCAGACUUUAAAAGGAAUAAAGAAACUCCAGCGUUUCAGAUUAUGUGUAGGUAUGUAACCAUGACAUGGUUUCUUUAAGAGGAAAUGCUUAAACUCAUUGUUCUUGAUAGUUAAGCUUUUGUUUUUCACUAUAAAAUUAUACCAAGAAAUUUCUUUUAAGAUUCUGAGUUAGCAGGGUUCAAAAAUAUUUUGUGGGAACAAGCCAACUAGUAACAAUGCAGCAACACUUUUAGUUAGUUACAAAUUCUUCUCUUCCAGCUGAGGAAAUCCAAACUGAUUUGUACAUCUGAUUCAGAGAAAGGUGAUCACCUCCCACAGAGAAAGUGAACAGCGUUGGUUGGGAGGUGAUGGCUCUUCUUCCUUCUUCCCCACUUCCUUGUCAUAACGUAAAGUGUAUUCUGUACAUAAUUUACAAAUAAAACAAACAUUUUAUUU